AGGGGCAGGCAUACAGAGCCUUUAUGGGACUUCCCCUUUCGCAGACGAGAAAAUGCAGGGCCCUCAGGAGCCUGGGGACUACACGGUCUCCCUCUUCGGGACCAGCAACAGCGGCGGCACUUUGCUCUUGACUGUGGACGACUAUGCUAGCCACGGAACCGAGGCGUCCGUCACAGCUGCCAUUCCCCCCACGGACGGGUACCAUCGAUGGUCCCUCUUUCAAGACAUCGCCGUCCUCCCCGCCUUGCGUCGCGGCCCGGCUCUCCUCACCGUCAAUGUCACGGGGAUCGACAACUACAAGGAGGGGAGUCAAUUUGGCAACCUGCUCUGGCUGGAUUUCGUGCGGAGAGGGUAGACUUAUUUCGGUGCCAUUGUCCUCCCUUUUUUAUUGAUUGACCGUCCUUUCUGUGACAUGUGGGUGGGCCUCGCAAGACUUGCAGGGGUCGGGUCGGACGACAUCAUUAAUAGGGCAGAGAGGAA